GAGGAACCAUUUAUGAUGAAAAACAACAAAACAGGAAAACUUUCAGGAUUUUUGGUCGAGCUACUUGAACAGUUAAGUUUAGAUCUUGGUUUCACUUACACUUUACAAUUUCAAGAAGAUGGCCAAUACGGUAUUCCAGAAUUGACCUCUGACGGUGUAAAAUGGAGUGGAAUGGUUGGCUCAUUAAUGCGGCGGGAAGUAGAUUUAGCAGUAGCUCCUUUGUCAAUUACCAAGGAACGUGAAUUGGUCAUUGAUUUUACAAUGCCGUACUUGGAGAAUGGUUAUAAAAUGUUAAUGAAAAGACCUGAGUAUCAUUCUCCGUCAGUCUUUCAAUGUUUUGCUCCAUUAAGACCGUUGGUUUGGUUGAUGAUAGCGAUCGCGAUAUUAUUAAUUUCCGUAACAGUAACUUGCAUUCAUUACUUUGGCCCGAAAGAUUACUACGGUGGCUUACCUUCUGAACAAGAUAUUCGAAAUUGGGUCGAGGACAACAAGGCAGACAUAAAGGCAUUAAAUCUUAGUAAUAGUGUUUGGUCUACGUUAAGCGCAUUUUUACAGCAAGGCACUAAUUACAAUCCAAGAUCACUACCGUUGCGCUUCAUUACUGCAAUUUGGUGGUUAGCAUGCACAAUUAUUAUAUCCACUUAUACCGCCAACUUAGCCGCGUUCCUGACGGUUAAUAGACUAGAUCCAGAAAUUACAUCUUUACUUCAGCUAUCGCAGCAACAUAAAAUCAAAUAUGGUUUACCUGCAGGAGGAAGUAUACAUAAUCACUUUAGAACUUUAAAUUAUACACCUUAUCCAGAGAUGAGACCACAUUUGAAGUUAGUCAAUAAUACUAAUGAAGGAAUCAAAGCUGCCAAGAAGGGUGGUUUCGUUUUUCUUUAUGAUGCUUCUACGUUAAAUUAUCUUGUUACUCAAGAUUGCUCUCUGAUAACCACUGGUCAGGAAUUUAUCAAGUCGAGCCAUGCUCUAGGCUUACCACCAAACUCUCGCUAUACCACGGAGAUUACAUUGGGCAUAUUAAAUCUUCGAGUAAAUGGAUUUAUUACAAAAGGGCUUGAACGUUGGUGA